AUGCAGGACUUCCUGGAAGAAAGACGUGAACCACUGGCUCUUAUCAACCUCAAAAAGAAAAAUGAGGAAACUGGGGAAGAAGAACUUGCCUCACGUUUAGGUCACUGCAAAGCAAAAGCCACCAGGCACAUAUUCCUCAUCCGUCAUUCUCAGUAUAAUUUGGAUGGCCGGGCUGAUAAAGACCGAACUCUGACCCCACUGGGACGAGAGCAGGCUGAACUGACUGGACACAGGCUGGCGAGUUUGGGAUUAAAAUUUGAUCAGAUUAUCCACUCCUCCAUGACUAGAGCAACUGAAACAACUGAAAUUAUAAGUAAACAUCUCCCAGGAGUCAAAAAAAUUAGUACUGAUCUGCUGAGAGAGGGAGCACCUAUAGAACCAGACCCUCCAGUCUCUCACUGGAAACCAGAAGCUGUGCAGUAUUAUGAAGAUGGAGCUCGAAUUGAGGCUGCUUUUCGAAACUUCAUUCAUAGAGCUGAUGCAAAGCAGGAAGAAGACAGCUACGAGAUCUUUGUCUGCCACGCCAACGUGAUCCGCUACAUUGUGUGCAGGGCAUUGCAGUUCCCCCCAGAAGGCUGGCUGCGAAUGUCUCUUAACAAUGGCAGUAUAACUCACUUGGUGAUACGUCCCAAUGGAAGAGUGGCACUUCGAACACUGGGUGACACAGGUUUCAUGCCUCCAGACAAAAUCACGCGCACCUGAAUAAGCAAAACUGAUGGCUGUCCAGCAGCUGCCUCUAGUCUCGUUGCACUAGUACAUUCAGCUACGGUACCACUAGAUUUUUAUCUGUUAUGUUGGGGUGUGAUGCUGUUUUAAAGAUGUCCUUUAGCCCCUCGCCUCCUUCAUACAUAUUCAUAUCUGCCUUUCAGU